UGGCUCCGCUCUCAGGGUAUCAUGGCGGCUCCCAGUGGGAAGGGAGCCCGGGCGCCGGAGGCUCCGGGCUGCGGGCCCCGGCCGCCUGCCCGGGACCUGGUGGACUCGGUGGACGACGUGGAGGGGUUGUACGUGGCGGUGGAGCGGUGCCCGCUGUGCAACACCACCCGCCGGCGGCUGACCUGCGCCAAGUGCGUCCAGAACGGCGACUUCGUCUACUUCGACGGCCGCGACCGUGAGAGGUUUAUAGACAAGAAGGAACGGUUAAGCCGACUUAAGAGCAAACAGGAAGAAUUUCAAAAAGAAGUGUUAAAAGCUAUGGAAGGAAAAUGGAUAUCAGAUCAGUUGAGAUGGAAAAUAAUGUCCUGCAAGAUGAGGAUUGAACAGCUGAAACAAACAAUAUGCAAAGGAAAUGAAGAAAUGAAGAAAAAUUCUGAAGGCCUUCUCAAAACCAAGGAAAAGAAUCAGAAGCUUUAUACUCGAGCACAACGGCAUCAAGAGAAAAAGGAGAAGAUUCAGAGGCAUAACCGCAAACUGGGGGACCUAGUAGAAAAAAAGACCAUCGACUUAAAAAGUCAUUAUGAGCGUCUGGCAGAUCUUCGGCGGUCUCAUAUAUUAGAGCUCACCUCUGUCAUCUUCCCAAUUGAGGAAGUGAAGACUGGUGCGAGAGAUCCCGCGGAUGUGUCUUCAGAGAGUGACAGUGCCAUGACCUCCAGCACCGUGAGCAAGCUUGCUGAAGCCCGGAGGACGACUUACCACUCAGGGAGAUGGGUCUGUGACGACCACAAUGGGGACACCAGCAUCAGCAUCACAGGGCCUUGGAUUAGCCUUCCCAACAACGGGGACUACUCUGCCUACUAUAAUUGGGUGGAAGAGAAGAAAACCACGCAGGGGCCUGACAUGGAGCAUAACAACCCUGCUUACACCAUCAGCGCUGCGCUGUGCUAUGCGACUCAGCUGGCCAACAUUUUGUCUCAUAUACUCGACAUAAAUCUUCCUAAAAAGCUGUGCAACAGUGAAUUUUGUGGGGAAAAUCUCAGCAGACAGAAAUUUACUCGAGCAGUAAAGAAACUGAAUGCAAAUAUUCUUUACUUGUGCUUUUCUCAGCAUGUAAAUUUAGACCAAUUACAACCACUGCAUACCCUCAGGAAUCUAAUGUACCUGGUCAGCCCGAAUUCUGAACACCUAGGCAGGUCGGGACCCUUUGAAGUGCGCGCAGACCUCGAGGAGUCCAUGGAAUUUGUGGAUCCCGGAGUUGCUGGAGAAUCAGAUGAGAGUGGAGACGAGCACAUAAGUGAUGAGGAAACCGACUUGGGCACAGAUUGGGAGAACUUGCCAAGCCCCCGGUUUUGUGACAUCCCUUCCCAGCCCGUGGAAGUCUCGCAGAGCCAGAGCACCCAGGCCUCCCCGCCCAUCGCCAGCAGCAGUGCGGGCGGGAUGAUCUCCUCCGCUGCAGCCUCGGUGACCUCCUGGUUUAAAGCUUACACUGGACACCGUUAAUGAGCAUGAAUCAAAAUGUGCCAGAUUCGCAUCAGGAAAGUAAACUAGUAAACUAUGUAUUUAGGUAAGAUCAUGCCUGGAACAAAAAGUUUUUUUAACUGUUUUUUUGAUGUUGUUAAUCCUCACCCGAGGAUAUUUUUCCAUUGAUUUUUAGAGUGGAAGGGACGGGGAGAGAGAGAAAGAAACAUCGAUGUGAGAAACAUACAUUGAUUGGUUGCCUCCUGCAUUUGCCCCAGUCCGGGCCCGGAAUCGAGCCUGCAUCCCAGGUAUGUGCCCUUGACGGGAAUCGAACCCGAGACACUUCAGUCUACAGGCCAAACUGGCUAGGGCUAAACUAUUUUUGUUGUUUAAAGCAGGGAGAUAGGCAUUUCUUUGUCAAAUGGCCAAUGGUGGUGACAGACAUACUGAGGAUAAUAAAACAGAGGGGUCAAAGGUCCUUCUACCCAGACUAGUGUUGGUGGAAGGAGGACCAGUGCAUGAGGCCAGUUCUGUUGAGGCAGAAAUUCAUCUAGGCUCCCUCUGAUCACAGGCCAGAGGACCCAGACCCGGCCGACAUGUUGGUCCUCGUGAUGCUGAUCACAGGCGAGAGGACCCAGACCCGGCCGACAUGUUGGUCCUCAUGAUGCUGAUCACAGGCCAGAGGACCCAGACCCGGCCGACAUGUUGGUCCUCGUGAUGCUGAUCACAGGCCAGAGGACCCAGACCCGGCCGACAUGUUGGUCCUCGUGAUGCUGAUCACAGGCCAGAGGACCCAGACCCGGGCGACAUGUUGGUCUUCGUGAUGCUGAUCACAGGCCAGAGGACCCAGACCCGGCCGACAUGUUGGUCCUCGUGAUGCUGAUCACAGGCCAGAGGACCCAGACCCGGCCAACAUGUUGGUCCUCGUGAUGCUGAGACUAUUCCUGUCACUUUAUGUUGUAGAGAUUGAAUCUCAAGGAACUGAUUCUUGAUGAUUAGGACUUGAAAGAUAAAAAACUGUUUGAGUUUGUUUUUAUGCGAUCAUUUUUGUAUAGAAAACCAGCAGGCAAUUUGAGAUACUUGAUUUCUUUAUAAUUUGGUCACGUUUGUUUUUUAGGUCAAGGAUUUUGGUUUUGUUUGGAAGGGUGGUGUUUAUUUUGGGGGGGAAAGGGGGCGGGGAGUAAUUUAAACAUUAUUUCACUUGUGCUGCUCUGUCGUAGCUCAUCAGACAUUCCUGUUUUUCUUUCUCCCCACACACCAAAGAAACUAAGCUCUUUUCUUUAGGACCCAUAUCCAUGAACAGAAGAAAUUCUAGCUGCAAUAAUGUCCUAGAGAUUGUAAACCUAUUUUCUUAUAUUCUGAGUGGAAUUUAGUUCAUUCUUACCUAGAUGAUUGAAUUCCUACCACCUACACUAUGUGCAGUUUGAAAUGAAACUUAUUUUCUAUGAGUGAAAGAUUAAGUCAUUAAGGUUGUUUGCUAAUGAGGUUACUAGUAAAAGCCACUUUUAAUUAAGUGGCCUUUAGUAGUUUUCUGGUGUCCAGUUUGUUUCUAAGGGAUAUUGUAGGUGGCAGGUUUUUCCAGGGAAAGCUAUCCUGCCUGUUUCCUAGAAGUCUUUGUUGCUCUAAGGACACUACCUUCCUCAGAAAUGCAGAGGAAAUCAUAGCUGGUACUCCUCCUGUCUCCUGGGGGGAAGCUCCAGGGAAGGAUGUUUCCUCACCAAGAGACCAUUUUCAGCUCGUUUCUUGUCAUUCUCUAGUGACAAUCUUUUAAGAAAACCGUAGAGAGGCAUUAUGUACAAAUAUGUAAGUAGUUUAUUUUUAAUAACUGCAAAAAAAAAUCCUAUGUAACUACAAAAAGAGAUCCUAUGAAAAAUUCCUAACAGGCAUUAUUACCAUAUCUUGUUAGUGUGAUUAGCAUGAUAGUACCUCAGAUAAAUCACUUGGGGCUUUGCCCUGCCCUAGCAUCUUUUCUCGUUGUAAUUAUUAGAGAUGAUCUUUGCCUCCAAACCCGAGGUGCUAUAAAGCUUUUGCUAUUGGUAUAUUAGUGUUUGGCAGAGUUUGGGGUAGAGUUGCAGAAGGGUUGUUUAUUCCUACCCAGGAGUCCCAAGUUCCCUGAGUAUGAAUUUGCCACUUUAGGAGGAAACAGGCUCUGUUUUAACUGCUCAGCUUUAUGUUGCUGGGCUUGUGUUGUACCAUCCAGGCCUGUAAUUCAGAGUGGUUGACUUGAACAAACACCAAGUGAACUUAAUCCCAUGAGGUAAGACUUACCAGGUACUUCCAGCCCUCAAAAAGAAGAGCUUAGUCUCAAGAGUUGAAAGACUGGGAUUUGGGGCUUGAGGGUAGAGCUUGACUUCAGCUGAAAGAUGGACAAUAGUCCCGGUGGUUCUCAAAUAAGCCUCUUGGAAACUAUGAAUGUGAGAUGAAGCUUAAGAACAGAAUCCAGAGAUCACAAACUCAUAACUAGAAUAAUUCAACAAACCGUGCAAGGAUAUGGGAGAUGUAGGGAUAGAUAGGGUAUAUUUUGUUGUUGUUUUCAACUAGAGGCACUUUACUUAGGGUUAAAAUGAUCAAACCCUUUAGUGGUUAUGAACACCAACAUACUGGCUUACACUGCUGAGGUAUUUUGGUUUUCAUUAUUUUGCACUGGAUCCACCCUGUAAAUAUUCUUAAGUAUACAUUUCAACCACUGUUUUUUCUAUUCUUUUUGCUGCUCAUUAAAUUCUUUCAUGUAGGUGCCAGAACCAUAUGUAAACAGCUUUUUUAAAAAUUGAAGCUGGUUUUUAUUUUUAAGCAAAAAGCCAUAGACCUUGGUCCUUUAUUCCACAUUAAAAUGAUUUGUUGAAACAAAAUAAUACUAAUAAAAAUCCAGAGGCACCAAUAGGCCGCUUAAAAUGGUUUGCUAAAGACUUUUUUGUAAUGGAGUCUGACUAAGAAAAGUUUUGCACAUCUGUAAGUUAAGACAAAAAACAUGUCAGCAUUGGGUCUAGCAGACAGGAUACAUUUAAGGAUUCGUGUGUUGGUAAUUUGGAAAAAAGCAUUUGGUGGCAUGCUGUUAAAAGAACUACAGUGUCUGGGAAUCUCUUCCGUGGUGUCAUGUUGCAGGAAUUUCCCAUUGCUCUGCAACUUCCAAACCAGAUUGAGUCAUACAAAUGUUUUCUAAACUUUUAUUGUAUUAUUACAAUAAACCUUUUACCAGUAUUUUGCUAAUA